AUGGGCAGCCAGCAGCCUCCCCUCUCGCCGCCGCUGCCAGUCUACCUGCGAUCUACGCCUACGAGAAAGGAGCUCCCGGGGGACGCUCAGCCCGGCAGCGUUGCCAUGCACGGAGGGCCUGUCUCGCCCGUUAGGGCAGACCAGUCCUCCAGCGCAGACAUGGGCCAUCUACAACACCCUCACCCUCACCCUCACCAGCAACAGCAACAACAGCAACAACAGCAGCAAAGGACAGAUAGCCCCGGUGGACGGUCAGACAGACAGUCGGAGGGCGCUGACGGCCAGCCGGAUGCGCAGUCAGAGGCCCGGCACAGCGACGAGAGCGCCGCCGAGAGCGUCGUCGAGUCCUACCAGCCGCUCCAGUACCAUCACCAGCCCUUCCACGGACACGUCCGCAGCACCAGCGCCAGCGCCAGCAUCUCCUCGCGCUCCUCCAGCACCAGGAAUGCCCACGGAGCAGACCAUCUCGGCCUCCCCCAUGGCCACAGGCGCUCGCCGAACGCCCGCGCCGUCAGCUCGCACUCGCAGGCCGACCUGCGGCCGCUCUCCUUUGUCGACCUGCUCAACGUCCCCUAUCCGCAGCCCCCACCGGCGCCCAAUGCCCUCAACAACGCCUACCUGCGCUCGUCCGUGGGCAACAAUGCCUCGCUGCUCUCCCAGAAGCAGACGUUUGACAUGUACUUGGCCAACGUCAAGAAGACCAACGACCCGGGCGCCCAGUACGAAUUUGCCGUUUUCAUGAUCCACGCAGCCCAGGACAUCGAUCUAGACGAAUCUCCCUCGAAUACCAAUAACGGUAACACCAACAGCAAUAACAGCAAUAACAAUACCAAUAACAGCACGGACAAGAGAGAAACUUCCAAGGCCGAGCUGCUCCGGGAAGCAAAGGGCAUCCUGCAGCGUCUGGCUGACCGGAGCUAUCCUUAUGCCCAAUAUUACCUUGGCGAUGGGCUGGCUUCCGGCCUCUUCAACAAAGGAAAACCAGACCACGACAAGGCAUUCCAACUUUUCGUCGCUGCAAGCAAACAUGGCCACGCAGAAGCCGGUUAUCGCGCUGCUCUCUGCUACGAGUUCGGCUGGGGUACCAAGCAGGACGGCGCAAAGGCAGUCCAGUUCUACCGCCAGGCCGCUUCUAAAAACCACCCAGGCGCCAUGGCAAGGCUGGGAAGAGCCUGUCUGGCUGGAGACAUGGGCCUGGUCAAGAGAUAUCGCGAGGGCAUCACCUGGCUCAAACGGGCUGCGGAAUCCGCGGAUGUUCAGUACAACGCUGCGCCCUACGAGCUAGGUCUGCUGCAUGAGGUCGGAUACGGUGACGAUGUGUUCCAGGACGAAUCCUACGCUGCUCAGCUUUUCACCAAGAGCGCCGAACUGGGCCAUGCGGAGGCCAGCUAUCGUAUGGGUGACGCAUAUGAACAUGGGAAGCUCAACUGUCCUCGAGACCCGGCGCUGAGCGUCCAUUUCUAUACCGGAGCUGCGCAGCUGGGCCAUCCCAUGGCCAUGAUGGCUUUGUGCGCCUGGUUCAUGGUUGGUGCUGAACCCAUUCUCGAAAAGGAUGAGAACGAAUCCUAUGAAUGGGCCAGACGGGCAGCCGAAUGUGGGCUGGCCAAAGCUGAAUACGCAGUUGGCUACUUCACGGAGAUGGGCAUUGGAUGUCGUCGUGACCCCCUCGAGGCCAAUGUAUGGUAUGUCCGCGCCGCUGAUCACGGUGACGAGAGAGCAAAGCAUCGUAUAGCUGCCAUCAGAGCAGCUGCUUCAGGGGCCGACCCUAACUCUGCUGCCGCCCGUCGUCUCCAGAAAAAUGGUACAUCCUCCCGUUUAUAUUUAUCUAUACCUAAACUUGGAUGCACGUACUAA